CCCUGAUAUGAGAGCCCGUUUUUGACAAGUCGUCCGAGACGCGUUCCGGCGGAAAUCCCUUUGUGUCGCUCGGCACGUGCAAUGUCUGGUGUUUUCCACUUACGUCUGAGCUUCACUUCCUUCCCGCUGUUCGAUAGUAUAUAUGUACACACAUAGGGGUCCUUUACAUGAACGCGAACCACAGGUCUACGCGCAUCACACAAGAUGUCCGCAAACCGGCCCGUCGCAUGCCUCGUAGUCCUCUUGGUGGCAGUUAGCAUCGUGGAAGCAAAAGUCUACAAGAGAUGCGCGCUUGCGCAAGAACUGAAAAGCAGAGGAAUUCCAAGAAACCAGAUAGCCAACUGGGUUUGCAUCGCCCGCCACGAGAGCAACUACAACACCCGAGCACUGGGACGUCCGAAUCGUGAUGGCAGUAGGGAUCAUGGACUCUUUCAGAUCAACGACCGCUACUGGUGCAGCCCUCCUGGACCACAUAAUGAUUGCAGAGUGACGUGUUCUGCUCUGAGGGAUGACAAAAUCGCUGACGACGUCAAGUGCAUUCGCAAGAUAUACGCAAGGCAUGGAUUCUCGGCAUGGGUUGCUUGGAGAAACCGCUGCCGAGGAAAGAAUCUUAGCGGGUACGUCGCUGGAUGCAAGAUAUAAAAGAAAACCGCAGUUCUCGUGGCCGCGAAUGAGAGAUCUUCAUCAAUGCCUAAAGAAACGGCUUUGUAUAUAUAGGACCACGUGCUCGACGGCUAUGACUUGCUCUACACUCUAUCCUAAACCAAGACAACUUGUUGACAACAUGGGAACAAGAUGUUCAGUUUCAGCAUGUUUACGAUUCACUCAGCUUCAGGGAAUUGAGAGGAAGAAAUAAAGCUACAA